AUGGUCCAGUUUCUGCUCUACAGAGGUUUGACAGCGAAUUGUCGAAAUGUCAAAAGCCAGUCGCCAUCGGAAGUAGUAGGCGAAGCAGCCGCGGCAAAAGACGUCAAGAAGGUCAAACGAAUUCGACGAGUCUUGAAGGAAAACGCAAUUCUGCAGAAACAGCUCGCGCAAAAUUACAAAGAAAAACUUCGCGCCGAGCGAAAAGAACGCGAAAGCUUGGAAUCUCUUUCCACAAAAUCAAAAUGGGAAUUUACCUGCGAAGAAUUUCUCCAUUCUCUUGAGGGAAUUUUAUGCGGCGUGAGCCACAGCGUCAAAGAGGGCGAUUUCUCGGACCGCAGCAGCUCCUCGCAAUCCUCAAAUUCGCACACUGGCCUACGAACCACAACUACAACCAGCUCGAUCGUCACUACAGAUCCCGCUAAGGGAUUCGCGCAUUUUACUCGACCACUCCCUCUUUCAUAA